AUGAUCUCAACAACGUCCAGCACGGCAGAGAUGGUCACACAAGGUAAACUUCAGAUCAACGCUGUGGAGGAAAUAGAAGAUAAAAGCUCAGGGAGACUGGGAUGUUUCGGUUGGCUAUUGGUCAUCAUAUCCCUCCUCUUUGUAGCUGUCACCUUCCCGCUCACAUUAUUCAUGUGUGUUAAGAUUAUAAAGGAGUACGAGCGAGCCGUCAUUUUCAGACUCGGCCGGAUCACAGACAGGAAACCUAAAGGGCCAGGACUUUUCUUUGUUCUGCCCUGCACUGAUAACUUUGUGAAAGUCGAUCUGAGAACGGUGUCAUUUGACAUCCCACCACAAGAGAUCUUGACCAAAGACUCAGUGACAGUGUGUGUGGACGGCGUUGUGUACUUCCGAAUACACUGCCCAAUCUCAUCUGUGGCCAAUGUGUCCAACGCACACUCGUCCACGCGGCUGCUCGCACAAACCACCCUGAGGAACGUGCUCGGCACCAAAAACCUCGCAGAGCUGUUGGCUGACAGAGAGGGCAUCUCUCUCAGCAUGCAGGAAUCUCUGGAUGAAGCCACUGAUCCGUGGGGGAUUAAGGUGGAGCGAGUGGAGAUCAAGGAUGUGAAGUUGCCUCAGCAGCUGCAGAGGGCCAUGGCUGCAGAGGCCGAGGCCACCCGGGAGGCCAGAGCGAAGAUCAUCGCUGCAGAGGGAGAGAUGAAGGCCUCCAGGGCUCUGAAAGAAGCCUCUCUGGUGAUCGCCGAGGCUCCGUCUGCUCUCCAGCUGAGAUACCUGCAGACGCUCAACACCAUCGCAGCAGAGAAGAACUCCACCAUCAUCUUCCCUCUGCCCAUGGAUAUUAUCCAGUGUUUUAUGCAGAAGAAGUGAUGAGUCCUAUAAGAGCUGCAUUACUUCUUAUAUUAUGAUAUUAUUAGAGUUAAAAUCUCCAGCUCU